ACGGAGCGAUUCGUCUCCGCCCUGAACCCUGAACCCUGCCCUCCUCCUCCUCCAUCGAGCAGCUCAAAGGCGGAGAAAUGCUGCGGUCCAUUCUCAGAGCCUCGACCGCCACCGCGACGUCGAAAUGUCGCCGCCCGUUCGACCCCAUCCCCCCUCCGAAACGCGCGGCCGUGCUUCAAUCGUGCCUCAGCUUGUCGACGAAGAACACCAAGCUGGCGGUGACCAAAGCCAACAAGAAGGCUAAAUCCAAAGGCGGUAAACCCGACGACCCUUCUGCCGCGGCAACCGACGAGCACGACGCCGCCUCCAGCGAAGGAGCGAGGGCUCAGCGCCUCGCCCUCGACGAGAAGGAUCCGUCGCUGGACGUGGGUCCCGAUGGCCGCCCUCUCUUCACCUCCGCCCCUUCCCUGUCGCAACUCACUCGCAAGGACGCCUGCUCCUACUUCAAGUUCAGCAUAGACAAAUUGAAGGAGGUGUUGCCGGAGGGUUUGCCCGCUGGGAUGGAGAAGGAGUUCGAAGAGUCUAUGAGGAGCGCGGUGCUCGUGAGGCAGAAUUUCCUCGACCUUCGCGACAACUUCAGGCGCAUUGUUGAUCCCCCCAUGUUUUCCGAUGGCAAAGGCCCAAAGGUCAGCAAACAGAUUGUCCUGGAUGGUCCGGUAAGCUGUGGGAAGAGCAUUGCGCUCGCCAUGCUGGUUCACUGGGCUAGGGAUGAAGGAUGGCUGGUUUUUUAUGCCCCAAGAGGCCGUGAGUGGACUCAUGGAGGAUUUUUCUACAAGAGCCCGCAGACUGGAUUUUGGGAUACUCCUUUGCAGGCUGAAAAAAUUCUGAAGGAUUUCUGUAAGUGGAAUGAAUCACACUUAAAAAAACUACCUUGCCAAAUGUAUGAUCCCAUAACUUUGGGAGAGGGCGCUGGUGUUGGAUGGAUGAAAGGGGUUGAUUCCAUGACGAUGCCUGAAGGUUCGACCCUGGCUGAUUUGGUCAAGACAGGAAUCGAUCAUACGCAUGCUGCUGUUGGAGUCUUGGUCCAUUUGAGAAAAGAAUUAUCUCUAGUGAAAGAUAUCCCUGUGCUCAUUGCUAUAGAUCAAUAUAACAACUGGUUUACGUUCAGUGAGUAUGAAGAGCCAGUUACAGUUCGAUCCUGUCGACCGAUACAUGCUAAAGAGCUGGCCACUGUAAAUGCCUUUAGGACCAUGAUGCACAAUGACAUGAUGGUUGGCGCUUUCUCUCAUUCAACUGCUGUGGGAAAGCUCCGUAAAGAACUGCCAGAUGUUCCUGUCGAUGCUCGUUUGGUGUUUCCUCGAUACAGCUUAGAUGAAGCUGAAGCUGUUUGCCACUACUACCUUAGGCAAAGGCUGGCAAGGCGUGAGGCAUUCACUGAAGAGAGCUGGAAGAAGGUUUACUACUUAUCACGUGGAAAUGGAUCCGAGAUGAGAUGGUUAAUUCCUUUGAUGCGAUGAUUCGCUUAGUUAACAUUGUUGUCUUUCGAUGUAUUGUGGCUGGAACUGAUGGAACUAGCAUGAAAUAUUUUUUAGCCCGACCAGAAAAGAGCAAGGUAUCUUUUUGACUAGAGACCAAGCGGAUGAAUUGUCGUUGAAGGUCACGUGAUUUAUGUAGAAGACUCUUGCCUUUUGUUUAGCAUGAAGUAGUUGUGCCAUAUGUAA